CUCAUAUAAAGUGAGUCUUUCUAAAGGUCUAUUAUUCUCUUUCAGCGAUGUCUUUAGAGCUCAGGACUGUUUUUGGGCCUUUGCCUUCUGUAGUUAGGGGGGAGAAUGUAUUGCUCGGUGGAGACUAUAAAAACAAGAAAAAUUUUUUAUAUACCUGUGGAAAGAAUGUUGUUAUCCGAGAUUUAGAGAAUCCUAAAAAUUGUACACUUUACUAUGGUCAUAAAGUCAACGCUUCCGUGGCAAGAUACUCUCCGAGUGGUUUUUAUAUUUGCUCCGCCGACGUUGCUGGGAAUAUUCGCAUUUGGGAUGCUCAAAGCAGCGAACACAGUUUAAAGGCUGAGUAUUGUAAACUAAACGGUAGGAUCAAAGAUCUACAAUGGUCCAACGAUAGUCAGAGAAUCGUCGUUUGCGGUAGCGGAAGAACAGUAUUUGGGGCUGCCAUCAUGUGGGAUUCUGGAAACAGCGUUGGGGAGAUUUCUGGCCACGAAAAACCUUUAAACACGAUUGACUGCAGAGCGAGUAGACCCUUUAGAGUUAUUACUGGAGGCGACGACAACCUUAUCGGUUUUCACGCUGCAUUUCCUGUUAAAAUCUCUAAGUUAUUAAAGAAUCAUUCUCGCUACGUUCUCUGCCUCCGGUUUUCACCUUCGGGAGAGUUUUUUGCUUCGGCAGGAGCCGAUGGCAGAGUUUUUCUCUUCCGCGGUGACUGCGCAGAACUAGUGAGGGAGAUGGGAUCGCCAGCUCAUCAAAGCAGUGUCAUGUGCUUAUCCUGGUCGCCAGAAGGCGAUAUGCUUCUCACUGCCUCGACGGACAAAACUUGUAAAAUAUGGAACGUUGUUAGCGGCGCUGAAGUUUGCCAGUUUCUCAUGGGAUCCUCUAUUGAAGACCAGCAGCUUGGCUGUCUUUGGCAGGGUGAAACGCUGAUUUCCGUUGCUUUGGGCGGAUGGAUCAAUUAUUUGGACAGGAACAAUCCGUCUACACCAAAACGGAUGCUGUAUGGCCAUAUGAAAAACAUUUCGGGUCUUUGUUUAGGCAAAAACGGGUCGACUUUUUAUUCAGCCUGUCAGGGAGGCCUGAUAUGCGUCUGGAAUAUCGACACAGCCGUAGCCACUAUCUUCAAAGGGCCGAAACACAAGACUGCCGUUUGCGAUGUACUUAUCUGCGAAAAUAAGAUCGUAUCUGCAGACCAGAACAGGAUUAUCUGCUUUAGCCCAGCUGACGGGGACGGUAGCGCCUGUGUCUCGCUGGAAUGCUCUUCUACCCCAGUCUCGAUGGAUUGUAAAGGCGGGACCAUAGGGUUGGCCUGCGUUUCCCACAUCGACAUAUAUCGGGAAGGAAAAAAGCAGCACUCCGUGUCCGUUUCGUACAGCCCGGCUAGCGCUGCAGUUCAUCCAAACGGUGAAACCAUAGCGAUUGGUGGGAAAGAUCAGAAAAUACAUGUUUACCACUUGAAGGAUGGUCAGCUGGCAGAAACGCGUACUAUCUCGCUGUACGGAGAAGUGACUACCCUUAAGUACUCCAGCGAUGGCCGAUAUUUGGCGUCUGGAGACUCUUCCAGUUACGUGUGCCUGCUUCCUACUGACACCUACGAAGUUAAAGACAAUCGUUGGACUAAUCACACGACCAAGAUAACCUGUUUGGACUGGUCGCCGGACAGCAGGUGUCUAGUCACUGGUGGAGUCGACUGUCAAGUGAUUGUUUGGAGCUUGGAGAACCCGAAGAGGCCAGUUAUGGUGCCGCGGGCCCACACCGAUAACGUUACCAAAGUAGUCUUUGUGGACGAGAGGACGGUGCUGACUGCUGGCUACGACUGCGCCAUUAAGCUUUGGGACAUAAAAAAUACCUCCACUUUAUAGUUCAGGCGACAUUUGCAUUUUCUUUCUUUUUUUCUUGUGGACUCUACAAUAAAGAAUCUGUCAAUGCG